AUCGGUAUGAGCGUAAAGAUAUUAAUCAGAAUGCUUUUGAAUCUACAACUAAUGAAUAUUCUUUAUAUAGAACUACAACAAUAUCAAAAGAUUAUAUUAGUGAUACGACAAUUGUUACUAGAAGUGUAGAAGAAACGGAACUAUAUCUGGAAAAUCAUGGUAUUGAUCUUUGUAAGAAUCCACAAAUUAUUAGGCGAACAACACCUGAAAGGCCACCAACAUAUGAACAACGAGUUUCUGUUCGAUAUCUUCAGCCACCACCUCUUCCACCAUCAGGAACAGUCAUUAUUAAAGAAGUGCGUGCAGAACAGCCACCACCUCCUCCAUCACUGAUCAUACGUGAACAGCCACCACCUCUUUGCUCACAACCACCACUCAUUUUACGUGAACGACCACCAACACCACCACCAAUUCUCCCAAAUGAAACAAUUACUCGUACCUUACCCCCCAUACCUGUUCCGCCACGAUCAGUUGUCAUCGAACGUUAUCCACCUCUUGCAGAAAAACCACGAGAUAUUAUAAUUGAACGAUGGAUUCCAUACGGACGUCAAACUGAACGCCGUACGAUUGUUCAACAGGCUCCUCCUGCUAUAAAAUAUCCAAGACCAUGUUGUACUAUUAUUGUUUACGAAGCUCCUCAAACACGUAUAGUCCGAAAAUUUGAACAACUUCAUGUUAUCAAUGUAAAUCCUGACGAUUAUGUAGUCCGCUAUAGAGGAUCACUUUUAGAUUCAACAACAUUGAUUCAACAAGCUCGUAAUAUCGGCAUUAUUGAAGAUAUAGUAACUUUCUUGUCAAAAAAGCCUUCACAAGAAGCUAUAUAA